AUGUUGAAUACAACGGAGCAGGACGGAAACUUGGGAAUCUUCGUGUUUUGCCUGGUGUGGUCAGUGGGUGCCAGCUGUGAUGAUCCAGGACGGGUCAAGUUUGACGCCGUGGUCAGGGAGGUAGUGAGCGGCCCUUUGAGUGACGAAACCCGCGCCCUCCAUGGCAUCCUGGCCACCGUGGAGGCUCCAGCCAAACAGUUCACAGUGGCACUGCCCUCAGAGGAAACAGUCUACCAGCAUCGCUUCAUUAAAGAGGGUCCGGGCAGGUGGGAGCUGUGGACCGAUCAGCUGAAGGCGGCUCCCCCCUUAUGCAAAGACAUGCAGUUCAAUGAGAUCAUCGUGCCCACUGAGAACACGGUGCGCUACAUGGCACUGAUGGAGCUCCUCAUCACCCACCAGAAACCCACCAUAUUCAUCGGCCCCACCGGGACUGGCAAGAGUGUCUACAUCACAGACUUUCUCUUGAACCAGCUGGAGAAGGAUGUCUACAGCCCAUUAUUCAUCAACUUCUCAGCCCAGACCACAGCGGCACAGACACAAAACAUUAUUAUGUCCAAGCUGGAUAAGCGGCGCAAAGGAGUCUUUGGACCCCCUUUGGGAAAGAAAAUGGUGAUAUUUGUGGAUGAUGUGAACAUGCCGGCCCGGGAGGUUUACGGUGCCCAGCCCCCCGUGGAGCUGCUGCGCCAGUGGCUGGACCACUGGAACUGGUACGACCUGAAGGACUGCUCCAUGAUCAAGCUGGUGGACAUCCAGGUCAUCUGCGCUAUGGGACCACCGGGCGGAGGGAGAAACCCCAUCACGUCUCGGUACCUGCGCCACUUCAACAUGAUUACCAUUAAUGAUUUUGAUGAGAAGACCAUGUAUACAAUCUUCUCUAGGAUCUCAGACUGGCAUUUCAGCAUACGGUUUCCUUUCCCCAAGCUAUUUGCAGCUCUGACCUCUCAGAUCGUUAGGGGCACCAUGUCAGUGUACGAGGAAGCCACCAAGAACCUGCUCCCAACGCCCACAAAGUCCCAUUACUUGUUCAAUCUGCGCGAUGUCUCCAGGGUCAUCCAAGGCAUCUGCCUGUCGCGUCCAGAGAGUGCAGAUAACCCAAGCGUCAUAAAACGGCUCUGGGUGCACGAGGUGCUGAGGGUUUAUUAUGAUCGUCUGGUCCAAGACUCAGAUCGCUCCUGGCUUGUAAGCCACUUACAGGUGGUGUCUCAGAGCCACAUGAAGGAAGACUUCCAUCAGCUCUUCCAGCAUCUUGACCAGGACCAAGACGGGAAGGUCACAGAGGACGACCUGCGCAGCCUCAUGUUCUGCGACUUUCACGACCCUAAGGGCGACGACCGCAACUACCGUGAGGUGAACAACCUGGACCAGCUCCGUCAGGUGGUGGAGUCACAUCUGGAGGAGUACAACAACGUCAGCAAAGCACCCAUGAAUCUGGUGCUCUUCCGCUUCGCCAUCGAACACGUGUGUCGCAUCUCUCGCAUUCUGAAGCAGCCAAGCGGCCACGCCCUGUUGGUGGGCGUGGGCGGGAGCGGGCGGCAGUCUCUCACACGGUUGGCUGCCCACAUGGCAGAGGCGGAACUUUUCCAGGUGGAGAUUUCCAAGACCUACGGAACCACAGAAUGGCACGAUGAUCUGAAGCUCAUUAUGAUGAAGUCCACACAGGGGGAAGCUCAUGGCGUUUUCCUCUUCACGGACACUCAAAUCAAAAUGGAGUCAUUCUUGGAGGACGUUGGUAACCUGCUCAACACCGGUGAGGUAAAUUGGAUGGAUGGUUGA